AACAAACCAGGAAAUAAUAGCCUUCAGAAUUUAAAAGAAGUCGGAGAACGAAAAACUAAACAAUCAAAAAUGCCAAUUUUGGGUAUAUCCGUCUCGUUGUAUGACAUAAUAGAGAACACAGGCCCACUGACAGAGGCAGAUAUUUGGGGAGUCCUUUGUCAAGGGGCCGAAAGUAUUCAAGAUCUGUUUUUCAGAGGUGAAGCAAUACUAGAUGGUGGACCCAGUUUCGUCAUAACUCCAAACACACUCCUUCUGUGCGCCAAUGGCAAGACGCAAUUUUCACAGUCAUCACAACCCAAAAAUUCAAUUUAUUUUGCACCAGAAAUGCACACUGGAAUUGCAGCAUCAGAAGCUGCCAUUGAAAAGAUAUAUGUUUAUUCCUUGGGGAAAACACUUCAAGUUGCUCUUGAGCAUUGUUCAAAGAAGAACCCGACGCUGUGUAUAAGCCGUAAUCUCGAAUGCAUCCUAAAUGCAAUGUGUGAAAAGAACCCCUCCCUGAGAAUUGCAUUAAUCCAUGUUCUUGAGGCUUGUUCUCUCCAGUCUCAGAAGCGGGCCUUAAAUCGUGCCCCUAGUUUUUCUCAAUGUGUCGCAAGAUUAAACAAAUCCGUCAUGGGCAGUCAAAAUGAAUUGUCCUACUGGAACUAUGAUUACUACCAAAACAGCAGCAGCGACCAAAGUCGACAAAGCACUCUCAACAGGCGUUCUUUAAAGAGUCGUAAGGCAUCUCGUAAACACAAGCGCCGUAAUCCUUAUCAGAAAAAAGACCAUGAUAGGUCACGCUCUCAGUCUCCUGCCAGACAAAGUUUCAGAUUACGUAGAAAUGUUGGACAAAUCGAAUCCGAUAUUGCGUCCAAUGUGGACAGAAUUUCUCAAAUUGCCAGCAGUUUUUCUGCCCCUGUCCAGCCACCACAAAAAAUUGACGACCAACUCACAUCAUUAAACCUGCCAGUUUCAUCUACUUCUCCAGCAAUCAACGUCACAUCUCUCUACAGAUCAGACACAUCAGCUGAUUCUACCAGCCUGACUUCAUCGAAACAUCCACCAUCAAUUAGUUCUGUAUCUGAGGUUCCCAGCCAUCUUGCUCACACUCCGGCAUAUGGCAAAUAUUUACAACUCAAAGAACGACAGCGCAAAUUGCAGGCUGUGCGUCAUCACCCCAUUGAAGAAGGAUGUCUUUGGCCUAGUGAUACAUCCGACAGUUAUUCCGAUACAAGAUCAGUUACUUCUGGUAUAUCGGCCGUGCAAGGAACUUAUUUACCAGAUCUCAACAGUGUCUAUGGAAAUGAUCUGGCCUUUAAGCUUGGACCUCGUGGGUCUGAUCGGGACAGUAUUAUUAGCAGUGAGAUGUCUUUUUUCCAACAUGAGCCAAAUUCCAUGAGAUCAGAAACUGACCCAACACUGCCCUAUGCACCACCCUCAAUAAAAGCAAUGACUGAACAUACUCUUGGUACUUCAUUGUACAACCAAAUUCCUCGAAGCCCCAGCAGCAGCAUUCUUAGCUCUCACGGAGAUGAUUCCUUCCUCAACACCAAAGAAUCCAAUGGUCCAGAAUUUAUUUGUCGAGGACGGAAACCAUUAAUCAGAUUAAAUACUCCACUUGUUGGAGAGAGUGUGAAGAACCCAUCGCAUGCUAGACGUGUGAUAAUAGUGUUGCUGAAUGGUCAGAAGUUGGAGGCCAUGUGUGAUCCAUCGAUGACGGGGAAACAGAUUUUCACGGCUUUGACGUCACACAUGGGCCUUGAUGAAAUCCACCAAUUCUUUGGACUUACAUAUAUCCAUGAUGGCGAACACUUCUUUUUGGAAAGCGACACCAAACUGCACAAAGUAGCCCCGGAAGGUUGGCGAGAAGGGAAAAAAGGACCAGUUGCCAUUACUUUUAUCUUGUUUUUCAGAUUGAAGUAUUACGGUAGCUCCAUUUUAAAUACCCCCAAUUACCAACAGCUGUUGUACCUUCAGCUCCGCCAAGACAUCCUCGAGGAACGGUUUGAGUGUGACGAGAACCGUGCCCUUUCAUUGGCUGCUUUUGCUCUUCAAGUGGAAUACGGCAGCUACAAGAAGGAGAUGAUGGGUCGCAACUAUUUUGUUCCCGAGUACUACUUCAGCAAACGUAUUCUGAACCUGUAUGGCCUGUCAUUUAUUAGGGACCACACUCCCGAAGCCCACCGUUCCAUCUGUGGCAUGAGCAAUGAUGAUGCCAUGGCAAAGUUUAUUAGAUUGGUUCAAGAACUUCCUGAAUAUGGAACUCACUUCCAUAAAGUCUACAAGACAAAAAAUGAAAACCUCAAAAUAGAUAGGAAAAUUGGGGAAGUUUAA